AAAAUUCAUCAAAGGGGUCAACUUUCCUUCGCAUUUCCGUUAUGUGGUAAUCAACCAUACGCGCACACCGACCCAGCUUAUAUACCUCGCCAACAACUUAACAAAUCUCCUCCUCAUUCACAGAAAUGCAGCACUAGUUGCAUUUCUUUCUACUCCGAUCUCAUCUCUAUUUCUUCCUAGAUCCCCCUCCGGUCAUCCUGUAGUAGACAAAUCAUGAAUCCGCGUGCAAAUCAUGGUUUUGUCAUUCUAUUCCUCUUCGUUUUCCUCGUCGCAUCUCGCGUUUUCGCUCAGGAUGUUGCCGGUGAUAAUGAGAAGGACGACUCAACCGGAUCCAUUAUAGAUCUAGGUCGGCGUAGCAAAGUUGUUGUGGAAAGAAUUAAAAACAAUGUUAUAGGUGACAAGAUUGAUCCAAAAGCUGUACUAAAUUUGGAUCCUGGUCUUGGUGUUUUGGAUGCAUUUUUUGCCAGUUUGUCAAUGAUUCUUGUCAGUGAGAUUGGAGAUGAAACUUUUAUUAUAGCAGCUCUUAUGGCAAUGCGUCAUCCAAAGUCAAUUGUUCUAUCAGGUGCACUCAGUGCUCUGUUUGUAAUGACUAUACUUUCUACAGGGCUUGGUAGGAUUGUUCCAAAUCUGAUAUCAAGAAAACACACAAACAGUGCUGCUACAGUUCUUUAUGCCUUCUUUGGGCUGCGUUUGCUCUAUAUUGCUUGGAGAUCAGAUUCAAAAGCAUCUCAAAAAAAGGAGAUGGAGGAAGUGGAAGAGAAAUUAGAGUCUGGACAAGGCAAAACAGCUGCCCGCAGAUUCUUUUCUAGAUUCUGUACUCCUAUUUUUUUGGAGUCAUUUAUACUGACAUUUUUAGCAGAGUGGGGGGACCGAAGCCAGAUAGCAACUAUUGCUUUAGCGACACAUAAAAAUGCAGUUGGUGUUGCAUUAGGGGCAACAAUAGGUCACACGAUCUGUACAUCAAUAGCAGUAAUUGGGGGAAGCAUGUUGGCAUCAAAAAUUUCACAAGGCACGGUUGCGACAGUUGGGGGUUUGUUAUUUCUUGGGUUUUCUCUCUCAUCUUACUUCUACCCUCCUCUAUAACCUCGUGUAAUUCACUUUGUUUUAUUCUUUUUGUAUUAAUAUUAGUUUAUGUAAAACGUUAUGUUGAUUGAUAUUUUGACCCAUCAAUAUUCAAUAUUCAAUAGUCAAAACAAUACACUUGUGUUGUGUGCA